GCCUAUUUUCGAAGCCCUCCAGUUCUUAGCGCGUUUAGAACACGAGCGUUUAAGCUGAUUGGAGGCAAGCUUGCUUUACGGCUCAAGGCCGCUUUUUACGGCAUUUUCCGGCUUCCCAUUCACUUCGCAGUGAAGAUGGCGUCAGGCAGUGGGACAAAAAACUUGGACUUUCGCCGAAAGUGGGACAAAGAUGAAUAUGAGAAGCUCGCCGAGAAGAGGCUCACGGAAGAGAGAGAAAAGAAGGAUGGAAAACCAGUGCAGCCAGUUAAGCGAGAGCUUCUCCGGCAUAGGGACUACAAGGUGGACCUGGAAUCCAAACUCGGGAAGACAAUUGUCAUUACCAAGACCACCCCACAGUCUGAGAUGGGAGGAUACUACUGCAAUGUCUGUGACUGUGUGGUGAAAGACUCUAUUAACUUCCUGGAUCAUAUUAAUGGAAAGAAACAUCAGCGAAACCUGGGCAUGUCUAUGCGUGUGGAACGUUCCACCUUGGAUCAGGUGAAGAAACGUUUUGAAGUCAACAAGAAGAAGAUGGAAGAGAAGCAGAAGGAUUAUGAUUUUGAGGAAAGGAUGAAGGAACUCAGAGAAGAGGAGGAAAAGGCCAAAGCCUACAAGAAAGAGAAGCAGAAGGAGAAGAAAAGGAGGGCUGAGGAGGACUUGACAUUUGAGGAGGAUGAUGAAAUGGCAGCUGUGAUGGGCUUCUCUGGCUUUGGUUCCACCAAGAAGAGUUACUGAGGCUUUCUAUGCUUGGCUUUUUGCUGGGCCUAACUGUGUGUGUGUGUGGAUGUCAUUUUGGGGGAGGUACUGGGGAAAGUUGGUAAGAGUGGCAAUGGGGAGGGCUAGAGGGUGGGUGUUUCUGGUUUUCCUCUGCCUUGGGAGAGAGCACAGAAUACAAAGGAACAUGCUAUGACAUAUUCCUUCAGCCUCAGUAUAUCACUGGAGACACAGGACCUCUGACCAUCUGAUUUCCCAAUAAAGAAAAACCCCUCUUCUGAGGCCGCUUUCCCGAAACUCCCCUUGCAUCUUUCCCUCUUCAUCUGUCCAACUCUUAUCUGAGCAUCCUACAUUUAUCCUGUGUUCUGCCUUUGUUUUAAUUUUGACUCAGCCUACAGCAGAAGGGUUCUCUGGGUCCCCAGUUUCCAGUUGACAGUAUAUCCUUGACUGCCCCCCCCCCCCCGCCAACCUCUGUCCAUCUCCCUUGUGGUUCUCUGGCCACCUGUGCAUGCAUGUGUACUUCUGCCUGGAUCUGUGGUAUGUGCGGGUGCGUGUGCAUGAAUCUGUCACAUAGAGGGAACCUGAGCUAGAGCCUCAAGAGCAUUGCUGCCUUGGGGCCUGGUGUUCUCAGCUUCUUCAGAGCAUGUAACAGGAAAUUAAAUGGGAUGAGUGGUGUGGUUUUUGUCUGGUGAGUUUUUUAACUUUUGUUCUUCAUAUGUAAGAUCUGUUCAGCUUUUCCUAUUUGUUUCAUUUUAUUGAGGAUUACUCUGUUUUUGUCUUCCUUGUAAGCAGGCUCUUGGAAGAACCUGUUUGAUGCAAAAAAGAAAAAGGAAAAAACCUCAUAUGGGAGCCCUUGGGUCUCAGAGGCUGUUCAACAUGUAUAAUAAAUGGCAUUGACUGGGCCUAUUUCA